CUGCAUCUCCGGCGGCAUGGCGCAGAAAACUUGUCGAUAAGGACUGUCUCCGGCUCGGCGCGUUGCUCUUGAGAUUUGUCAGGUCGCAUUUGCCCACCAGGUGUGCCCCUCCUCUGCGGCUCUCGCUACUCUAUCCAACACAUUAAAAACAUCAAAUCUUUCUUUUCAAAAAGUGGCAAUUAGCCCGAGUUACAGCUUGAAACUCCCAGUCUGCCGCCUGUAGGACGGUAAGCGAUCACAGAAUAGGACCCCGACGCAAGCCGCAUCUCGGAAAACCCCCACUUCGCCAUCCCCUUCGAACCAACCCGGAACGCGACCCGCAGCUACCAAAAGCCAUCUCAUUCCCACCUCUCCCAGCGGCCGGGGGCGCGAGACGGUCAAAAUGAGUGCCAUCCUCUCGGUCGACGACCUAAACGACUUCAUCAGCCCCGGCGUCGCCUGCAUCAAGCCCGUUGAGACCCUACCGCCCAGCCAGCCCGCUGGCGAUCCGACCCUCGAGCACGAGGUCAUACUAGAUGGCCAGCCGGGCGCGGCAUCGUCGGCUGGCGCGGGCGCACCCGCCCAGAUAUCCCUGACCGACUGUCUCGCCUGCUCUGGCUGCGUCACGUCGGCCGAGGCCGUCCUGGUCAGCCUGCAGAGCCACUCGGAGCUGCUCAGCGUCCUGGACUCGGCCCCCGCACUGCAGGUCAGGGGGCCGGACGCCCAAGGUCGCUUCUCGGUCGACGGGCUGGAGGAUCCGGCCCGCCGCCUCUUCGUUGCCAGCGUGUCGCCCCAGUCGAGGGCAAGUCUGGCCGCCGCCUGCAGCCAGGGGGUGUCCGAGAGUCAGGCCGGCCGCAUGUUGGACAGGCUGUUGAUGGGACCAGAGGGAUUGAUGGCUGGUGGCAAAUGGGGGAACCGGUUCGAGUGGGUUGUCGACACCAAUGCUGCGCGUGACGCCUGCCUGCUUCUGGGCGCAGAUGAAGUCCUCGGGCGCAACCAGACAGGUGACGCGGCCUUGGCCAAGAAGCCCAUUCUCACAGCAUCGUGCCCCGGUUGGGUAUGCUACGCCGAGAAGACGCACCCGCACGUCCUACCCCACCUGUCCCGCGUCAAGUCCCCGCAAGCCCUGACUGGCACCCUGAUAAAGACGACACUGAGCCGCGUGCUCAACAUUCCACCCGACCGCAUAUGGCAUCUUUCCAUCAUGCCUUGUUUCGACAAGAAGCUUGAGGCUAGCCGCGAGGAGCUAACAGAAGCAGUCUGGGCCGGGAACGGUGCGCCAGGCCGUGGGACGCGCGACGUGGACUGUGUUAUCACCAGCAAGGAGAUAUUUAUGCUCACUGAAUCGAGGAGUAUCGACUUUUUCAGCUUGCCCGCCUCGUCGUUGCGACAGCAACUAUUUCCCGACAGCACCAUCAAUGAAUUUUUCUUCCCACAAAACAGCAGAAAGAGGCCGUUGCCGGCCGCGGGCAGCUCCGGUGGGAACCUUUAUUACAUCCUGCAGGACGUGCUCUCGGCGCACGCAGGAUCUAGGCUCGAGACGGCCAGAGGCAGGAAUGUGGACGUGGUCGAGUACACUGUGGUGGCAGCCUCCGGAGAGACUCUGUUCCGAGCGGCAAGGUACUAUGGCUUCCGCAACAUUCAGAACCUCGUCCGAAAACUAAAGCCAGCCAAGCCGUCGCGAAUGCCGGGGGGCAAGCCCUUCGGUAGUGCUAGGAGAGUGCCGACGGGCCGGGGCGGGGGCGGGCCCGGGGGAGCUGGAGGCGUGGAGCAUGCAUAUAUUGAAGUCAUGGCCUGUCCUGGAGGCUGCACCAACGGGGGCGGCCAGGUGAAAGCAGACGAUCAAGUCGUUGCGACCCGAAGGGGGUUUCCCGGUAAACCAGGCCCACAGGAGCAGAAGCAGUUUCUGGCCGAGGUGGACGAGGCGUACUUCUCGGCCGACGACUCGACGGCUAGUGAUGCGAGAGACGAGCCAUCCGGGACAGCCAGUCAAGGGGCAGACGGCAGCGGUGCGCCUGGAUGUGCCAGUUUAGUCGACGGGAUUAACCAAUCCUUUGUGCGAAACGCACUGGCGCAUUGGGCGGAGAUCACCGGCGUGCCCCUGGAUAAGCUUGUGUUCACCAGCUAUCGUGAGGUGAUCAGCGACGUUGGAAAGACCAACAUUACCGAUAGUGAGAGGGUAGUUCAGCUAGCCGGCAAGAUAGGAGGCGGCUGGUGAUAUCCGGGAGAGUGUUUGGUGGGCAUCACCGUCAGCCGGCUCGCCCAAUCUUGAUAGCGAGGCAACCAUAGCAGCAUAGCGUACGAGGCGCGUAGCAUAUGAAAUCAUACGGUUAGGGCAUAUGGUCAAGGCAUACGAGAUUGACGUCAUAUGUCAGAUCCGCC